AUGAAGAAAACUGGCACUUCAAACCAUGCUGGGGGAGCUUCUCGUACCGUGCCAGCCGCAGGGAGGCAGCAGCAGCCCAUUCUGCCUGGCCAGCCCGCACCGGGGCAGGGCCGUCCUCAGGCGGCUAAGAUUUCGCAAGAGCAAGUUAUCGUUGGUCACUUUUGCCGCUUUGCGAUCAAGACCCUGACUGAAGUUAUGGAAGGAAGCCCGCUCAAACAGACAGCGGAGGUCAGCUUAAAGGAGCAUAUUAAGAAAGCGUGGGCUCAGUGGGUGAGAGGGCACAUUCCGCGGCAGAAGCUGCUCGAGUCUGUAGCUCGCUUUGUGCGAGAUAGCUGCCCCCAAGCGUUUGGCAUUGACCUGAUUCGAGAGUUUAAGGAGUGGUACGAGAGCGAGUUUGAGCGGCAGAGGGCUCAGUCAGGCCCCGGGGAACAGAAAAGUGCCGCAGCAACAGUUUCAGCAUGUGGGCCAACAGCAGAGAAGGCAGGUGGUGCAGAACAAACAGAUUCCGUUGAACAUCCACCAAAUGAAGCAGCAGCAGGCGCGGUCCGCGGCCCUGCAGGACCUGAUUCGAGUGUUUAAGGAGUGGUACGAGAGCGAGUUUGAGCCACGUAGAUUUCACUUUGGCCGGGUGUCGCCCCAAAAUCUACACUUUGACCCAAAAGAAAAAUAUGACUCUGACACAAAAAAAAAUUUCUGGUAUAACAAUACCUCUCGACCAAUUCCCACAUAUUAUGUGGGAAUUGGUCGAGAGGUAUUGUUUGAUGUGUGGCUUGCAGUAGUGUCAGGAAAGGAGUUACCUUCUAUCCUCUGUCAAUCACUUUGCUCUUGCAGAAUCGGUGCAAUGUGUGAGACACGUGGUUGGGACCAUGCUCAUGCCGGUGGGGAUGCUCUUAAACAAGAUCAGCUUGUUCUGUACCAACUUCCAAGCCCACAGUACUCGCGUACGACCAGGCGUGCAACUUGAAACCCCCCAGCUUCCAACCUACCGUAGGCCUGAUUUUUGAUGUCCAACCGCGGCACAUACAGCGUCGUGGUUUAGACCUCUCGACGCCCACAUGUGUGACAGGCCGAGAACGCGUCAACCUCACGACUAGCUGUGGCAUGGGACUCACCGACAAUUAAGCAUUUAAAAUUUUUAAAUCGUUGCCCCCCA